CUACCCACCAGGUUGGCCGCAGUUAGCUGCAUUCAUGCAUAGCGAAGAUAAUUUUGCUAUUUUCAGACGUUUCGGACUUGCACACUGUCGUAUACUUGUCCAACUCCAAGCAGAGAUCCAACUCUUAGAAAAGAAACUCUCUGCCUUGGACCAGUCUGAUGCCAGCCCUGGAUCCCCAAACGCUUGGAGGCUUCUAACGGCAGAAUUCAAAGAAGGCUGGGAUUCUGAGAAGAGGGAUCUAGUAACAGAACUUGGAGAAAAACUUUUGCGGUAUGUCCUUGACAACGAACCAGACGCACUGCUAUUGAAUGAACAAAAGCUUCGAGAAUUUGGACACGCCCCAAGAAAGGAUCACCUCAGUGUUUUUCAUUGGAUUAUGGCACGAAAGCCUCUUGGGAAAAGUCAAUAUGACUGGAUCUACUGCAUUGAUGACUUCGUUUCCUUGUCCAGACCUGAUCCCUUCAAGUCUUCUAUCCUCGCAUCGUGUCUCAAGUGGUUCUUUAGAGAUAGUGACAAAAACUCAAAAAGUUCAAUCGUGGAACACUACUCAGAUACGAAGAUCUUUGUAGUCGCCAAAAUCUUUACUAUAUUACUCGCCGUCGGAAUUUUAAUCAUUCCAGUAUUCAUUCUUCUUUGGAUUCCCAAGAAGACACAGGCUUGCAUUUCUGCUACCGUCUUGAUAUCUGUAUUAGUUUUCUCAACGCUUAUAUCUCUCUUUACUAAGGCGGGGGUCCAAGAAGUCCUUGUCGGAACUGCAGCGUGA